GCACCUGUCCAUAAAAAAAUUUCUCCCCCGCGGCCCAUCGCUAGGGUUUUGAGGAGCCGGCUGGAGCCAUCGCCGCGCGGAGGAGGAGUCGCUGCGAUCCAGGGUUCUUUUGCGAAGAACAAUGAGUUUGAUUUCUCAAAACGUGCUCUCCAAGAAACAUGUGGAGAAGUUUGAUGGACAAGCUGCUGAUGGGUCUCCAGUUGACAAGGAGACCCUGCUGGUUGAUGAACAUAAAUUGAAGAACUCGAAGAGGAAGAAGAGAGGCAGAGAUCAUGACUUGUCGGAGGGGAAGAGUGAGCAAGAGAAGGAGAUGAAGAAGCUGGAGAGCUUCUUGUUUGGUACCCUUUACUCCCCUGUGGAGUUUGGCAAGGAAGCUGGGGAAGAAGAGGAGGAGGAGGUGGCUCGGGAUGCGCCUUUGUUCUUUGUGGAUAAGUCCACUGGCGAUGAAAUGGCGAUCUAUGAAGAGGACUUGCAUUCUCGAAUUGAAGAAGUGCGCGAGGAAGAGAAGAAGCCAGCGUGGGUUGAUGAUGAGGAGGAGAGGACAGAGGUGGAUAUAGUGAAAGUCAGUAGGUUGAGGAAGCUUAGGAAGGAGGCUGACGAGCGUGUGAUAUCGGGUCCAGAUUAUGUGGCGAGACUACGCGCCCAGCAUGCUAAGCUGAAUCCUGGAACGGAAUGGGCACGGAUUGACCGAAAAACUGCCCAUGUUGGUGCUUCCGAUGAUGAAUCCGAUGAUGAAAGCGGUGUCACAGUUGCCCAUGGAUAUGAGGAUGUGGAAGGUGAUGAUAUUCUCCGGAGCAAUGAUGAGCUUGUUGUUAAAGGUAGAGAUAAGCUGUUGCCAAGGUUGUUGGAGUACUCGAGGCUAAUGAAUGCCAAUUCAGAGGAGCCUUCCAACGGUCCUAUCAAUUCAGUUCAGUUUCAUAGGAAUGGCCAAUUGCUGCUGACUGCUGGACUGGAUAGAAGGUUGAGGUUUUUCCAGGUUGAUGGAAAACGCAACACCAAGAUACAGAGCAUAUUCAUUGAGGACUGCCCGAUAUAUAAGGCUUCGUUUUUGCCUGAUGGGUCUGAGGUCAUAAUUUCGGGUAGAAGAAAGUUCUUUUACAGCUUUGAUUUGGUGAAAGCGGCAGUUAAUAAGAUAGGUCCAUUGACAGGGAGGGAGGAGAAAAGUCUGGAAGUUUUUGAGGUUUCCCCUGAUUCGAGCACCAUUGCAUUCAUUGGUAAUGAAGGUUAUAUUCUCUUGAUGUCAUCACGAACAAAGGAGCUGAUUGGAACCAUCAAGAUGAAUGGAAGCGCUCGUUCUUUGGCUUUUGCUGAUGGUGGGAAGCAGCUAUUGAGCAGCGGUGGUGAUGGUCAAGUUUAUCACUGGGAUCUUAGGACAAGGAGGUGCAUCCACAAGGCUGUCGAUGAAGGGUGUAUAAUGGGUUCAGCACUCUGUGUUUCACCAGACAGCUCUUUGUUUGCGGCAGGUUCAAGCAGUGGAAUUGUGAAUGUUUACAAAAGGGAAGAGUUUCUUGGGGGAAAGAGGAAGCCACUGAAGUCCAUUGAGAAUUUAACCACAAUGGUUGAUUUCAUGAAGUUUAAUCAUGAUGCGCAGAUAUUGGCUAUUACCUCAAGAAUGAUGAAGAAUGGUCUAAAAUUGAUACAUGUUCCAUCUUUUACUGCCUUCUCGAACUGCCCCCCUCCCAGAUUUAGUUUGCAUUAUCCACGUGCUUUGGAUUUCAGUCCUCAUGGAGGUUUUAUGGCCAUGGGAAAUGCUGGUGGAAAGGUUCUGUUGUAUAAAUUGCAUCAUUAUCAAAAUGCAUAAACCAUUGUUGCAGUGGGCAGCAACUCUGGCUUGUGGUAUCAUAUGUCUCUUUAACCUAAUGAACUGGCAAUUUUUAAUAUCCUUCGGGUAAGAGUGCUGUUCAUGGGUAUUGACUUGGAUCCACUACUUUAAGGGUGGCGGCUUGUUGAGUUUCUUAUUUGAUAGACAGUUUUGAAAUCUUCAUAUGGAGGUGCAAUGCUGUGUUUUUCAUGGGUUCUGAUCAUGCCAAGUGUUUCAAUCAGUUUUGAGCAUUUAUCUAAGAUAUUGAUACUUCAAAUUCUUACAGCUUAUGCCCCUGAUGUUUAAUUUAGUUAAUUUGUAGUGAAUUUUUGGUGUUGGUUUCUUAUUUAUGUUUUUAAAGUCAUAUUUU